CCGCGUUACACCGACGCAGAGCAUACGUAACCCUAGAGCCCACGCCGUAACCCUACGCCGUAGGUUCUGCGUCGAUUUAACGCGGAACCAUAAUUCACGCUUCACGGGUGAACUUCAGCUGCACAUAGAAAGUUGUUCCCAAGACACAGGUCGGUCUGCGGGCUGUCACGACCUGUGCGCGGCUGAGUGGAGGAACAUAUACCAACCCCGGACUUUUCUGGGACCGGGACAAACAGACUUGUCAUGGGAUGUGAGGAUCAGCGGUUGCAUCGUCCAGGACCGGAGCCUUGCAGCGAUGCGUGAGCAGCCCGCCCCGCCGCAGAGGCAGCCGUCCAGCGGGCUGCGAGGGCGGCCGGAGCCGGCGGGCGGGGCGAUGGCCCCGGCUCUGCACUGGCUGCAGGAUGCUGCAGCUGUCAGUCUCCUCAGAGCCCGGAGGACUUUAUUCCAGGCAGCCAUCCUGUUUUGCACCCUGGGCCUGCUGCUCUGGGUCUCCAUCUUCCUGUACGGGAGCUUUUAUUACUCCUACAUGCCCACAGUGAGCUUCGCCACUCCUGUGCACUUCUACCACCAGUCUGACUGUGAUGCCCCCGAGUCCUCGCUCUGCUCUUUCCCCACAGCAAACAUCUCCUUCAUCAGGAACGACAGAGAAGAGGUGAUGGGCAAUGGCCAGCCUUACAGGGUGUCUCUGGAGCUGGAGAUGCCAGAGUCUCCUGCCAAUCAGCAGCUGGGUAUGUUCAUGAUCAGGAUGUCUUGUUACACCAGGGAUGGGAAGAUUGUCUCCUCAGUGGGGAGAUCCACCAUGCUGCAUUACCGCUCCCACUUUCUGCAGACCCUGAGCACUUUGUUCUUCUCUCCUUUCCUCCUGACUGGGAUGGCCGAACAGAAGCAGCUCAUAGAAGUGGAGCUCUUUACGGAUUACAAGACGAAUGCUUAUGAACCCACUGUUGGUGCGGUCAUUGAAGUCCACUCCAAACGGGUGCAGAUCUACUCAUCGCAGCUCCGUAUCCAUGCUUACUUCACUGGUAUCAGAUAUGUUAUGUACACCUUCCCCGUCACAUCUGCGGUCAUUGGUGUGGCCACCAACUUCGCCUUCCUCAGUGUCGUGGCACUGUUUGGCUACCUCCAGUUUGUCUGGGGUGGGCUCUGGCCUCCGGAUCAAGUCAAGGUCAGAGUCAUGAUGGGGGAUGACACCCGCAUCCAAAAGAGGAAGGAAGAGGUUAGAAAGCGCAUGGAGAAAGAAAACUCACAGAAAGAACUCAAUGUCCCUGCGGUGAUUGGAUCUUUGAAUGGGACACAUGAUUUUCACGGAAAUGGCACAAAAGUUGUGUCACCAUCAGAUUCACCCGUUGUAAACCCCGACGCCUCUGGGGCCGAAGCUCCAGAUAGCAAGGAAGAAGAGUCUCAUGACUCCGAGGAGCCAGAGGAGAUUGACACCUCGGAUGUUUUGAAGGGAUGCCUUCUACAACCUGGAGAGAGAGCUCUUCGACAGAGACCUGCCGCCUGGAUGAGUCUUUGAACCUUAAAGUAUGCAUAGUCUAUGCUCAUAUGUUUUGGAUAUUUUUAUCUUCAGCAGCUGAUAGACUAAAACAAACAUGCAAUUCCAUAAACGUAUCAUUCCUUUGUGAUAUCCUAUCGUAGCAUGUUGAAGCUUAUUGUUUUGGUAUCAGUUUAUCUUGGGGUAACUUUAGGCUCUGUUUGUUUCUGUCCUCUGUUCGCAGCAUUGUUACAAGGCGUACGUUUGAGCCAUUUGCUUUUUUCCUGGUAUCAGGCGGUGUUACAUUCUAGCUCCACCAUGUCCCUUGGUGUUGUCAUCAGGCGUUUGCCAACAAUUCAAAACACCCUUGUAAGGUUAAACCCUCCUAUUGUUUUAGUGUCCUGGCAUCUGCGUUAUGGUAUUUUCUCACAUCACAGUCACGCCUUCAUAAAUAAGGCACAGCUUCAGUCUUUUUUUUUUUUUUAAGUAAUAGCCAAUGAUUGUUGAUUAUUAACGCAAACACAAGAAGAGUCACAUCUUUAUUUGAAUAUUAGAGAACCAGCAAGGAACACAAAAUGGUAACUUUCAUGCAACUUUUUUUUUUCUCAGAAGCUCUUUCAGAGCAAUUUGAUGGGGGGUGGGUCCAAAUCAAAAAGUGUCUUUGUUUUAAGUCACUUUCCAGGAGAAAAAAAAACAGCCUGGGGGAUAUAAGAAAGUUGUUCUCUUUUAGUCAUUUUUCUUUCCAUCAUAUAAAUACAUGUUCUGUCUGUAUGAAUCUGGUGACUUGAUUCUUAAAUGCUGUUACACAGUUGGUCUUCAUGUUCAAGUCUUUGUUAAUUGUACUUUGCACUUUGCGUUGUUUAUUUUGUUUGCUUCUCCAAUAAGCACAGUGCAAUCAAAAUGUUUUAGAGAAAUAUAGGUUUAUGAAUAAAUGUAGAACUUGACUGUGUUUAACAUUGAUAAGUGUACAUUAUAAAAAUGAUAAGUGAAGGUACUGAGUAAAAGUUGACGUUGUAAAGGCAGUUUAACUGAAUUUGAUGAAGGUCAGCCGUAAAAUGUGGGAUCUACGCUUCAGGGGAGCUAUGGAUUUAAGCUUUUAGGAACUGUAAGUUGUGUUUACUGGAUGUGGGACGGAGAUGCUGUUAAAUAAUAUGGAACCUUUGAAGAUUGAUGAGCAGAUGUUGUUCAUAAAUUGAACAAAUAAAGUGAACAUAUAGCAGCCAACUCCUCUUUGUUUAUCUCCUUUGACAUAAUUACAGCUAAGUUACAAGACUGCAUAAAACCGACGUGAGGUCCUAUACCCAACCUUGUUUUUCUGGUUCUGGUCACAGUUAUGGUACACGUAACCUUUCAAUUCUGACCUAUUUUAUCCAUUAGGCUAAGCAUUUGUUUGAUUUACCCCAGGUCACGUAUUUCAAUGAGUGUAGUAAUUUCUUAUUUUUCAGUGUCUUUCUGGUUAAAUUUGUUUAGUUUUUUUGGUAUUGAUCCAUUACAUCAAUAAAGCAAAGUUGAAACCUGGACGCAGCUGAAAUAUUAAAGUACUCCACAUGACCAAAUAAGGAGAGAGAUGUGACUUUACGCAAAACCACUCAUGUGCAGUGGAAAUUCAGCCUUAGAGCUUAGUGUUGAUGCUGUGUGUGAACGGAUAUACAGUAAGUGAAUCAAGAGAAGCAAGACAGAAAAACCUGAUUAUCACAUCAUUUUUAAUAAAGUACCCAAAUACGUACACAUAAUAAGUAAUGAUGUUUUCAAUGCAAAGCAGAAUAAAAUCAGGAAAUUUAGCCGUUCAAUGUUUUAAUUAGUUCAAUUUUCCAGGGACAAA